AUGUCCUCCUUACGAGACUCAACGCAGCCAUCCUUUGGCGAACGUAGAGGACAUCGUCUGGCGCCACUUCAGACCAAUUUUAGUCGCCCCGCUACGACUCAAGAUGAUCAGUCGCAAUCUCAAUCGCAGUCGCAAUUGCAUCAACAACAGCCCGCACAGCCCGCACAGCCCAUUCAGUCCGCGCGACUCCAGCGUCCUCGACCUACCGACCCCGUCACCAAUGGCUCAGAUGGACCAAUUCCACUCCAGAGUCCCGUCAAGCGCCAAUCGUCCAAGUCAAGCCUGCGCAAUCUCUUCGGCCGCGACAAAAGCUCGCGUGCGGCGGUCGCCCCCGAAAGCACCACCCUCGACGAGGUCGAUGAAUCCCAAGCAAGCCCGUCAGAUAUCACCUCGCAGACUGUCACAAUAGAUGAGACAAUCUGGUCGCCGACCAUCGCAACCCCACACACGAUCGUCUCGACCACAACCUCGAACACGCUUGCCUCCCCGACGACCCCUCGUGCGCGAAAUACACUGAAAUCAUCUCGACCACGACCCCCCGAGCCCAAAAACUCCCAAGAACAAUACGGUUGGAAACCCCCAGCCUUGUUUCAGGCAUACCCUCAAUCAACCAAGCAUGAUUGUCUCUCCGCGCCCGCCAUGUCGGCGGACUCUAUUUUGCGAUUGCACGCGACAUCAGGGAAAAAUGCUGCGGAGGAUGGGCGGACGGCGACAUCAAGUGGUGAUUCGAAAAAGAAGGAACAACGAGAGCGCAAACACUUGCGCACUCUGUCGGGUACGAUUAACAAGGUCGAAUGGACUAAGAAGAUCUAUGUACUCGCGACAGCGGGAUUUAUUCUCCAAUACGCCGGGGAUGGGAAACAUGAUCGAUUACCCGAGAAAAUGCUUCAAUUGGGCCCCCAAUCCGUGGCAUUCGCUAGCGAUGCAAUCCCCGGAAAACACUGGGUGGUUCAAAUUUCUCAAAAUCCAGCUGCUGAUGCCAUUGCUGUACCGGAACCUCCUAAGUCUCGCCUCACCUCGCGAUUUGGGUUCCAUCGAUCCCAUGCGCGAAGAUUAGCGCAGAGUUUCCUGAUGGUCUUUGAUGACCCGGACUCGAUGAUCUCUUGGUUGAUAGCCAUUCGCGCUGAGGUAGAAGCUCGCGGUGGUCCCAAGUUUGUGACGGAGAAGCAUUCAGAGGAUGAGGUGGAGCCACAGCUUCGCUCGAAAGCAAGCGUGCGGCAGAUGGUGAAGAAAGACCCGCAUCGUAUCUCGAGCUUAUUCCUCCAGCCACAGACUCUACGUCUGCCUGACGACGACGAAGAUGGCCAGUCUGUUGGUGGCAUGACCUGGCAAUCUCGACGAAGCUCCUACGUCUCGGACAAUCGUCGCUCAGUUAUCGACUCUCGUGCGGGAUCUACGUCCACCGGUUGGACGGAGGCUUCACCUGCAAUGAAUAACGAUGCGCCAUCUUCGUCUUUUUCGUCUUCAAAUACACCGGCCUCCCCCAACAAUCUACCAAGUGAGCCGUCCACCCCGUAUGGCUUGCCGGAGGCUGUACUCAGGGAGGUGGAUCAGAUGAUUGGCCUCAGUGGUCUCAGUGGUAUGAGCCCGCCUGCCUCCAGUCAAGGUAAUCGUCAGUCGCUACAUAUGUCGCCUCUUUCAUCGCCCGGCCCCACAGGCUCGGCCUCAGCCUCGACUUCGACUUCGACUUCUCGUACGGACCCUAUUCCUGUCGCCCAACCCUCGACCGAUAUACCCGAGACAUUGACGCGCAGCGCCUCCCCACCAGCUCCGAAUUUCAGCGUUCCGUCCUUCAGCAAAAAGUUCGUACCGAGACCAGGACCGGGCUCUAUCAACCAGCCUUCCUCGCCGCCAUCCGUGGCGGGUGCUCUUCGACGAGGCCAGAGCACAAGUACAAGUGACUUCACUAUCGCCAGCGUCUCCUCCCCUCCCCAAUCACCGACUUAUAGCGUCGCAAGCUCGCGCCAUACAGAUGCCUCCGAGCCUGUCCCUCUGCCCCGAGAUGGCAGCGGUCGUGUUCUGCGGACUUAUAAUUCGGAAGAUAUUCUAUCAAGAAUGGUCCGGACUCAACCUGCACCUAAUUUCUCCCGCGUUCCUCGAGCCGGUGCACCCUCUGAGAUCAGCCCCCCGCCAUCUCGUCCUCUCAGUCUGGUUGGUCGACCUGGGCUAGGAAUCUCGAUGAAUGGCGAAUCGCAAGCCCCGGUCGUCCCUGCGGUCGAGCCAUCCAGAAAGCCGGAAUUAUCACUAUUCCCACAACCGCAGUCAAACCCAACGCCAAUUCCAGUACCAACCCCACGCCACCGAACUCCAACACAACACGUGGACACCCAUUUGGCGCAGAGUAUGUCCCGGCGAAGAAGUAUGCCUGGCUUGGCUGUUGGUCCACCUGCUGCACCACCGCCCAACUGUCCUCUGCCAAAACUCCCUCCGCUUGCCACGAAAUCGCCUCCAGCUCCUCCUCCGGUUGCUGCUCUACCUCCAAUUCCACCAAUGUCACCUCCAGCUUCAUCAGCACCGAAGUUGUCACCGUCCACCCGGUUCUAUCAAUCACAGCAUAUCCAGGAUAACGUCGCGGAUAAACGGAGAAGUGUUCUUGCCGGUCAAUCAAAUGGAUAUGCUCCUAAGGUAUCAGCUGCUCGACAGUCUCGCCUGCAUUAG